UUCCCUCGUGAAAAUUGAUGAGGGAGUUUCUAGCUGGAUGUGUUGGUUUGGUGUUCUCCUAUUACAGUUUAGCAUUUUCCUUCCUCUUACAGGGUGAACAGACUGUAUAUAGCAUCCUUGGGUGCGAGGUCUCCGUAGCUUAGAUCGACGUACGCCAUGUAAGACGAGUCCUCUGGUUGAAGCGCGAGUUUUGAUUGCAAGCGGUGAAUGGUGAAUUAAGUUAACUACAGAGGAGAAGUAGCUGAAAGACCAAAUGUUUCUUUGCCCUCCAAGAUACAUGUAUUUCCCAUCAGUGCGAUCCAAGGGGAUGGCAACAGAUCAAGUGCAGUCAGAGCCAAGUGCUUCCCUUGAAGCAAUACCUUCUAAAAGGGCCAGACAAGAGAGUUGUGACAAUGAAAAAGAAAGUAGUGAUGAAUCCAGUCACGGUGGAUCGCCUGCACAGCAGCCUGUUAAUGGUUCAUCAAGAGAUGGAAAGACAGUCAAUGCUAAUCAAAAUGCUGACAAGAAUGAGUCAUCCUGGGACGUCAAUGAAGCUGCAAUUACUGUAACUACCGCUGAUCUUGAAGUUGUAGCUCCUAAUGUUGUUGGACCUGUUUCUACAGCAACACUUAGCUAUCCCUCAUCUGAUGGUGCCACCACUAUGACAAAUCUAGAUGGAUGCAACUUUGGGAACCAGGCCAUAGCUUCUGGUGUAACUGACAGCUCUGGCCAGUAUCAACAGCUCUCUGGGCAGUACACUGCAAAUACUGCUGCUUACUAUGGCCAGCGACCUUAUCCUCACAUCGUCCCAGCGCCCCAGCAGGGUAUACAGCAGUAUAAGUCAACAGGGGGUGUAAUACAGGGAACAGGAAUAACGCAAGUUGCUGGGUAUGUGUAUCCACCAGCAGCGCCUCAAGGUGGCUACCCCAUGGUACAGACAGUGAGGUAUCCUGCUGUGAAUGCAACAGUUCCCGCUGUGAAUGCAACAGGAAAGACUUCUGUUGAUUCUCGCAAUGCCUCCCAAGGGAAAGCCGCUGGGGGAAACAUCCCAGAUAUAUCAACCCUUCGGCAAACUGCAGGAACUUAUGGUAAUCCUUAUGGAACAGUUACAUUCCCUGCCAUCAUUCAACCUGGUCAGAAUAUGUAUAACAAUCAAUAUCAAGCAUCCUAUGGGACAGCUUAUGUAGCUUCAACAGGAACCCCAACUUCUAGUACCACAGCAUAUACUGUCCAACAGUCUGAACAAGGUUCUUUUCAAUAUGGUUAUACUAGUAAUCAGCAAACUUAUCCAUACAACUACUUGAGCCCACCUCCCCCGGCUUAUGCUCCCUCCCCAUACAUUACACCACCGCCCAAUGCUGUUGCUGGUCAAAGCAGCAGUUACCAACUUACUCAGCUUGUUGCUGGACAGGCUUCUCAAGGCGUCACAACCAAUGGGGAAAGAACACACACCACAAGUACAGGAAAUGCUACCAUUCAGUAUUCUCCAAACCUUCCAUCCUCACCAAGCCCUCCUCACUCACCUGGGGCUGGUUCUGGAGCAGACACUCCACUUAUUAAUAGUGUGGGUAUGGUGUCUGCAAACAUAGGGAUGCCUGGUGGACAGGAUGGAGUACAGGUACUUGUGGAUUCAGGGACUGGCUCCCCUGGAUUGUUAGUCCAGGGAGCAAACAGAGGGCGUGGUCGAGGGGGGAGAGGUGGAAGGGGUAGAGGAGGUGGCAGGGGAAGAAGAUCAACAUCAGGGCCCCCUCCAGAAAUUGACCACAACAUUGAGCGGAUCUUUAUUUGGGAUCUUGAUGAAACAAUUAUUAUUUUCCAUUCACUCCUAACGGGAGCCUUUGCAUCAAAGUUUGGCAAGGACCCUCCUAAUUCAGUGUCAUUAGGCCUUCGAAUGGAAGAAAUGAUUUUCAAUUUGGCGGAUACACAUUUAUUUUUUAAUGACUUAGAGGAUUGUGAUCAAGUACAUAUUGACGAUGUUGCAGCAGAUGACAAUGGACUAGAUUUAAGUACCUACAAUUUUGAGGGAGAUGGAUUUCAUGCAGCAGCCACGUCAGCCAAUCUUUGUCUGGCAACUGGUGUUCGAGGUGGGGUUGACUGGAUGAGAAAGCUGGCCUACAGAUACAGACGCAUCAAGGAGAUCUACAACAGCUACAGAAAUAAUGUGGGAGGUCUUCUUGGUCCAGCAAAGAGAGAAACAUGGCUUCAACUGCGCAUGGAGUUAGAGGCUACAACAGAUUCAUGGCUUACACUUGCCUUGAAAGCAUUAACACUCAUCCAUUCUAGGUCAAAUUGUUUAAACGUUAUGGUGACUACCACGCAACUUGUUCCUGCUCUCGCAAAGUGUCUCCUCUAUGGACUGGGUGGUAUUUUUCCUCUCGAAAAUAUUUAUAGCGCAACUAAAGUAGGAAAGGAAACCUGCUUUGAAAGAAUCUCAAAUCGAUUUGGAAAGAAGUGUACAUAUGUAGUCGUAGGAGAUGGGAGAGAUGAAGAAAUGGCCAGCAAACAGAUGGGAUUCCCUUUCUGGCGAAUUGGUACUCAUACAGACUUAAUCAACCUCCAUCAUGCGCUAGACCUGGGACAUCUCUAGUCAAUUGACAGACUCUCUGCUGCUUUGUUGUGGCACUCGUUAGAGCUUCUUUAUUUCUUUGUGAACGAAUGAAGAAAAAUUGAACAUGAGAAAAUGAGUCAUGUAUCGUUUGGGAUGUUGACAAAGAGAAGGGUGAUCGUUACUAUUUUAAGCGCUCAUUUUAUACUGCAAACAUAACCAUGUUUGAAUUUCGUCAUAGAUUAGAUUCUUGUUCCCUUCGAAAGAAUUUAACAGCCCAGUCUCUCUCCGUCUGUCAAAGAUCUGUGUUGCAAGGCGGUUUCUUGCCCUCGUGAUCACUUUCUUGCAUAGCAUUACAAAGAGGAAUUUAUGUCAGUAUUUGAGCAACUGCUCACUUUCCCCUCCCCUAACCGCCAGGCUCAACAACAGCGAACUGAUAACAAGUUAGGGGAGGGCCUGGUGCGCAGUUGCUCAGAUUGUACUGCCAUUGAUCCACAAGGAGUAUCUCAGGAGAGUAAUUCUCACUGACUAUGGACUUCCUAUGCAUACGUAAGUGUUUUAUUCAUGGACUUCUAUACAUUGAAGCUACUCUGUAAAGAAUAAUAGUUAUACUCGCUUGUCAUUUAUAUGGUCCCAGACUUUCUUGUACAUUUCCUUUAAAAAGUAUGGACGGCUACAACAAUAAUUUCGAAGCUACUAUAAUUGGAAUACUUCCGCCUAGGGAGUUGCUUUAAGAACCACAUUUCUCCACUGAAAGCGCAGUGAAAGUGGUAGAUAUUAAUUUACUCGCUCUUCUUGCGUCUCUUUCCAUGUGGGGUUUUUGGAUACGUUCGUAUAACCAAACACUAUAGUUAACUAGAAAUUUGUGAAGCUUUUUUUCAACGCAGAUAUUAGUAACGUAUCCUGCAGUUGGUUCUGUUUAGUUGUUUAGUAAUGUAGUUUGCAAAGUACAAACGAGAUUUCGUGGUAUUGUGAUCCAGAGACUGAUUUGUUUAGCUUUGCUUUUUGCAUGCGUGAAGAGUUAAUCUUAGAAUUCUAUUGCAAUAUUGGAAGAAAAUAAUGUCAAAAUUUGUUCUACAGAAUUGUCAAAUUAUCAUUACAUAUUAUGAAUUUUAUAUAUAUAAAUACAUAAUUUAUGUAUAUUGUCAGCAAAUUGAAAUUAAGAUUAUUACGCCUUAAAGUAUGUAACAUUUGGGAACAUCGAUAAAAUUAAAUGUGUUCCUUUGAUGGAAUAACCUCAACUA